AGGCAAUUUUAAAGAGGGCAUCAGUACAAUUUCCCAUUCAACACCAGACCCUAUAGCUGCUCCGGAACCACCAGAACCCAGGGCGGGAAGUAUUCUACCAGAGCUGCAAAAAGCACAGCAAAUCGUCGACAUCAAGGGAGUGCUGCUGACUAAAUCCCAGGUACCAAUGGGCUUGCUAGCGAUCAAUCAAAUCUCUGCCCAAAUCUUGCCCCAGGUGUCAGCUAACUUACCUGGCAGGCUUAAUGUGUACCAGGGAUGCAUACCACCUGGUCUACCAAUGCCUAAUGUGUACCAAGGAUGUAUACCAUCUGGUCUACCAAUGCUUAAAGUGUAGCAGGGAUGUAUACCACCUGGUCUACCAAUGCUUAAAGUGUACUAGGCAUGUAUACCACCUGGUCUACCAAUCGCUAAUGUGUGCCAGGUAUGUAUACCACCUGGUCUACCAAUCCCUAAUGUGUACCAGGGAUGUAUACCACCUGGUCUACCAAUGCUUAAUGUGUACCAGGGAUGUAUACCACCUGGUCUACCAUUGCUUAAUGUGUACCAGGGAUGAUACCACCUGGCCUACCAAUGCUUAAUGUGUACCAGGGAUGAUACCACCUGGCCUACAAAUGCUUAAUGUGUACUGUCGAACCGUUGAAUCUGUUGUGUUGUAAUUAUCCACUCAUGGCAAUGAGUGUCUACUUGUCUGGCCCAGUCUCUCACUUGAUCCCACGAACAGUAUAGCUAAUAUCAACAGUUAAUAAUACAACCAACGUUAACAGGUUUGUAGCUAGAUAGAAGUUUUAUUUAACACUACUCCAUUGACUAUGGUUGAUGUAUCAUUUCAGAAUUGAUAAUCAAAUCACUCCAACCAAACACUACUCAAUAUAGAAAUCCAAACAGUUCAUCCAGUAUAUCCGCCAUCAAUCUUCCAUCACAACAUUGACAAAACUAACGCGUCAUAUCCCCUUAAACAAUUACAUCACAACACUCUCACACCCACGAUACAGCUACACAUAAAAUCUCUAACUAAACAUCUUUUCCCUAUCAAACAUGAAGACAAUGAUCUACACAUAACAACAAUGAUUCUCAUACCCUUGACAUGUACCAGGGAUGUAUACCACCUCAUCUACCAAUGCUUAAUGUGUACCGGUACCAGUGAUGUAUACCACUUGGCCUAACAAUGCAGUCAACAAAACUCACAUUCAUUAAAAAUAAAACUAAGAGCCUCCAUCCAGGGCCUCUAUUUCCACAUCUGAAUAUUCAGUUUCACCAGCUUUGAUGAAGUCUUACUCAUUAUUAUUAUAAGCGGUUUUAUGUAGUGUGGUACCCAAAAUGUGAGUAAGAGAAAAAGUCAUUAUAUUAUCAGUGGACAACCAUUAGGUCAACAGAAUAUUAACAGAAGUUUCUUCAUUUCUUUAAAAUCAAAUUUAAAAUCCCAUAACUUUUGUGAGCGUGGGCUUCUUGGACUUGACCUAUAAAUCAUUAAAUAGUACCGGUACCAGCAAAGACUAAUUCAAAAUAACUUUAAAGCUCUUGGGGACAGACCAGAUUAGAUUAAAAAGCAUUGCAAAAUUUACUCCACUAAAGAAACCUCUUGUUGAUAGGCUUAUUGACCAUUCGAUAAAUUCCUCUUCACAGAUUGGCGAGAGUGUCAUUGUCAUGUUAGGCUUAUUAGAGAUUCAAUAAAUUCCUCUUCACAGAUUGACUAGAGUGUCAUUGUCAUGUUAGGCUUAUUAACGAUUCAAUAAAUUCCUAUUCACAGAUUGACGAGAGUGUCAUGUUUCUGCUAAACAAACAGGCAAUGGAUCAGAUGCAUUUUGUCAACUGUGGCUUGCAUGAUAAGGACCUCCAUGUGCUAGGGACGGCUGUGAGAAAAUCACCAGCCAACCCUGUUGUGAGUAGUAGAAUCAUAGCGUGUCAGCCAAUCUUCCGCUAGCAAAAGUGAGGGUUGGCUCAGACUGCCCUAAACAUCUUUCUUAUGUCAGGCAUCACACGCUGAAGAUGUCUCAGCCCCCCCUUAUCAAUCUUACUGUUAUUUUGGAUUUGGGUUUAAAGUCCAAUAGAUUUCCUCAUAAUGUGAGGUUUACUGGAAUAAAAAGCUCUGAAAUUACAGAUAAUUAAAUUUAACUUUUUACAUGGAAUGGGAUUCUGAAGUUAAAAAAGAAGUAAGUAAAAAUCCUCAUGAACCCUUAUUUGACUUAAAGAAAUGCAGAAAUGACACUAUUGUCAUCUAUGAAUGCUGGUGGAAAUGGUUUUGUGUUGAAAAUGAGCUUAACCAAAAGUGUAAUGGGGGAAGGGGGGGUGUGAUUUAGAGAAUGGCGCAGAUUGUCCAGAGGGUUUUUUAAAAUUAAGUGUCCAACAUUUUAAUUCUGAUUGGUAGGAUGCUGAUCUCUCUGUUAAUUCUGAUUGGUAGGAUGUUGAACUCUCUGUUAAUUAUGAUUGGUAGGAUGCUGAUCUCUCUGUUAAUUAUGAUUGGUCGGAUGUUGAACUCUCUGUUAAUUAUGAUUGGUAGGAUGUUGAACUCUCUGUUAAUUAUGAAUGGUAGGAUGUAGAACUCUCUGUUAAUUAUGAUUGGUAGGAUGUAGAACUCUCUGUUAAUUCUGAUUGAUAGGAUGUUGAACUCUCUGUUAAUUAUGAUUGGUAGGAUGCUGAUCUCUCUGUUAAUUAUGAUUGGUCGGAUGUUGAACUCUCUGUUAAUUAUGAUUGGUAGGAUGUUGAACUCUCUGUUAGUUAUGAUUGAUAGGAUGUUGAACUCUCUGUUAAUUAUGAUUGGUCGGAUGUUGAACUCUCUGUUAGUUAUGAUUGAUAGGAUGUUGAACUCUCUGUUAAUUAUGAUUGGUCGGAUGUUGAACUCUCUGAUAAUUAUGUUGCAUAUUUAAAAAAAUACAUAUAUUUUAUUUUCAGGUGUUAAAUUUUAGCUUCAAUCCUUUGACUGUCAACUGUGUGGAUGACCUACUGGCUCUGGCCAAGGACAAACCAUCCAUUGAAGCCAUCUUGUAAGGGAACUUUCCAACUAUGAUUACUUGUACACACUCAGUUUAUUCUUUGCAGUCUGCCUGCUCUCUCACUAAGACUGAAACAACUAUACUAUAAAGACAUAAAAUUGAUGUAGUUUCUUAUUUGAUAUCUUCUCUGACUGAAACUGAUAUUACCUUAGUAAACCGAUAGAAGGAAAUAAGUGAAACAACCUGAUUGCGCUCCCCCCCCCCCCCCAUUAUCAUAAAUGGAUAGAACUUAUUAUUAAAUGUCUCCCUGUUUUGUUACAUUAAAGUUCUAGACAACACUUAACAAUAAACCCUUUAGAGUAUUGUUGCACCUUCUGGUAAAUAGUUCUGUAGUUCUGUCAUGCCUACUCGAGUACCCGGUACGAGUCUUGUUCACCAAAGCUUUGAACAGAGAUAUAACCAAAAAAAAAUUGAUCUAAUUUAAGUAAUUCCUAUUUCACAGACUGCAAGGCACCCACCUAGGAGAUGAGGGCAUUCAGAAACUAGUGGAUGGGCUUCUCAAACAGCACAGGGAGAAGGUGGGUUCAAUGUCUAUGUAGAAAACCAUUUUAAAAAGUAACAGUUUGUAUACCAACAAUGUCUUUCUUAUAAUUUAGGAUUUAUUAAUUAGCGGGGGAUGAUCCAUGAAAAUGAAAACUAUUAUAAUGAUGAUUUCAUUUUCAUAUGCUUUACAUUUUUAAAAUAGGUUUAGUUACAUGAAUGAGAUUAUUAAUUUAAAUUAAAGUGAAGUUCGGUAAACUAAUAAAAUUAAAAAUUGUAGAACAUUUCAGUAUUAAUUAUACUUUUAUAAAUAUAAUUUGAUAGUGCAUCUAUAAAAAUCUUUCUAAUGGCCAAUGAAUUGCAGUCAAAUAACAGAUGAGACUGGCACUGUGGUCUGAUACAAACCGAGGUUUCAUUUCAAAAUUUAACAAUUUUCCAUAAAUAUAAUUUAUUAAAACUCUGAGCCAUUAUUAUUAAGUACGGUAAAUAUUUCUUAUCAUUUGAGAUUGGUUCUAUAUUAAAAGCAUUGAUGAACAUGUUUUUUUAUAAUCAUUAUUUUAUUGUAUAAAAUGAAUAAAUGUCCUAACUUGUUACAAUUUCGAUCAUAAGUGCAAAUCUUUUCUACUUUUCACUUCUGAAAAAAUAUUAUUUACAUCUCACCCUGCAGUUUAAUAAAGAUGGCGAUGUGGCUGAGGCUACCAUUACCUCAAGUGACUCUGUUGAUUUUGAUAAUGUUAAGGAACUGCAUGAGCUGGAUCUCACAAAAUCCGGCAUUGGAGACAAGGGUGUCAAAGCUCUCUGCACCCUUAUCCGCUCAGACAUGGCCAUAGACACCCUUAACCUGUCCCUUAACAAAGGGAUUACGCUUGAGGGCUGGAAGGAACUUUCACAAGCCAUUCAAAAAACCAGGCAUCUGGAGACACUAACGCUUGACCACAAUCAUAUCGGGAAUGAAGGGAUUGAGGAGCUGACCAAAGGAUUGUUUGAAAACACAUCCAUUUUGGCCUUAGAUCUUAACAAUAUUGGCAUAACAGAUCAGGGAGGAAAAUUUAUUAUAGAGCUUCUAAAGCGUAAUACAUCAAUCCUGGAGAUAAAUUUAGCUGGC